AUGGCGCAGGCGCAGGCGCAGCCGGCCGGCAAGGGCCGGGAGCGGCGGGUGUCCAUCGAGGAGGUGGCGAAGAAGCUGUCGCUGUGGCACACGGCCACGUUCCGGCCCAUCCUGACCCACGCCGAGCUGGAGCCCAUCCUGUGCGCGGCCGGCUUCGUGGCGCUGCCGGCGGCCCCGGCGCCCGCGCCUCCCAAGCAGCAGCAGGACGACCGCGAGCGGCCCGGGGUGGCGUGGCGCGAGUACGCGUUCCUGGGCGGCGGCAAUGCGAGCCCGGCGGCGGCGGCCCCGCGGCGGUGGCUGGGCCCGCGCCCGCGCCUCCCGUACCCGCGCGUCGACGGCCUCCACCUCAAGACGUACGAGGCCUUCCUCGGCACCGUCGAGGCCUACCUCGGUGCCCACCGCGUCUCCAACCUCUUCCACGUCAGGCUGAUGCCGGUGACGAGCCCGCACGACCGGGCGUUCGACAAGGUGUUCCGACCGAUGCGGAACUGCAGCCCAGAGGAGGACGGGCUCAUCGUGUACCGGGAGGGCACCCUGGACGACCUCACCGUGGAGACGUGCAGCCACCACGCCGCCACCGGGGACGACUUCGGCGGCCACGUCAUCCCGGGGAUCAGCUGCAGCAACCUCGGCUGCCUCCGCAAGGUGGACGGUAACUGCCACGAGGAGGGCUGCCGCCGCGGCGCCGGAGCCGGCGGCGGCUAUGACUUCUUCGCCGUCCACCUCAAGGAUCUCUUCCCCAGCUACUGA